CAAAGGGUUACUUGAUAAGGCUCACUCUAUUUCCGCCGACGUAAUUCCUCCGACGUAAUUAUGAGCCAGGAGACAUCACCCGAACCUUUGGCUGUUCGACAGCGCUUACGUCCUGUUUGUUACACAUGUAGGAUUCGGAAAGUCCGGUGCGAAGGGAGCCCGUCAAACCCCGAAAAUGAAAAGGAGCCAUCUUCAAAGUGUUCUAAUUGUCAAAGGCUUGGAUUUCAAUGUCAGUGGCGUGCACCGGAAUCUGGUGAACAUUAUGUUCCACCGCCGAAACGCAGACGCACAAUUGGACAGCGCGUGGUGCGUUCGACACCAAAGAACAAAACGAUGACACCAGGUCCGACUGCUCAAACGCCCAAUGGGGAACCUAGUGGCCAGCAUAUUACGGCCUCUACUAGGACACCAGCAUCUGUCGAUCAGGAUCUUGAAAAUCGACCAGAAGAGAACAACUAUGAACUAAAUCCCCUCCCAAAUUACCAACCUGAUCAACUUGGGGACAUCUUGGACUUCAACCUCGGAUCUGACCAGCUUGGAGAUAUCGCCUUGGACUUUGACCUUGGAUCAGACUUUUUGGAUUUAAACCUGGCGGGAGAAGGGCUGGAUUUCAUCCCAUUGCCAGCAGUGGACCCUUCGAUACUACAGUUAUCCGAGCCAACCUCAGCCACAUCAUCUUACGAAUGGCCAUUAUCAGCACAUGGUCAUGAAGUAACGCAGCCCGAAGUGACACAAGAUGAAAGCACCACACUCGAUAGGACAGGCAACUCAUUCUCCACCUUCAACGAAGACAACCGCCAGCUCAUCCAACACUAUCUAGAAGUUAUAAAGGGUUACUCCAAGGUCGAUGAUCGGUCUAAAAACUCGAACAACCUCUUCGUCUCAGCCUUUGCCCAAUCUCUUUCGUUCCCUCCUCUUUUCCAUGCCAUUCUUGCAUUUUCAGCCUCUCACUUAUCCAUAAAAGAUGCAUCUUAUGUGGACCAAGCCAAAAAGUUUGACCAACUUGCUGAAGAAUCCUUCGAAAUAUUCAGGAAAAGUCACAGUUCAGAGAUAGACGGUCUACUCUCUGCGAUAUUUGUCCGUGUCAAGAAGGUACAUGUCAUGGGAGCUAGCGUCGACUCUUUCCUCGGUCUCCUCGCCACAGCAAUCGAUGUCAUUUCAACAAAAGAAGGAGAAGAGGCACUGGAAGAUUCUAGCAGUUUGACCAGGCGCAUCAUUCUUCGUCUCGCCAUCUUGGAUGCUCGCUCUGCGUGUUUCCGGCUAGGCGGUGGGGUGCUAAUUGAGCGGCUACGACGCUCGCCUAGCUUGUCAUUCAUUUUCGAUUUCGACACUCAUAGUCAUAAUCCUCCACUGGGUCCUAUAAUGAACUUGCUUCGAGCGGACAUCUUUCGCAAGAGAGUCGCCGAUUUUGAGUUGCAGCUACACAAGCAACUGGAGGGCGAGUUCAUUACUUCUAGACCCAUUCGAACAGAUGAGGUGAGGUCGCUCUACGCUGAUAUUCAAUAUGCAAUUGGACGAUGCGAGAAUCAAGCGACGGUGAAGGAGAAGGGGCCCGAUGUGGACAAUCUGAGGGAGGAAGUGCUUGAUUCGACAAAUUAUGGCUUCUAUCUUGAGUUGUCAGCACUCCAUUCAACCCUGCUGUAUCUCUACCAAGUCUACCCAUUGCCGAGUUUCCAACCGGAUCUUUCCAUCUCGAAAGUACUUCAAUGCCAACUCAAGAUUCAGUACGACCCUUCUCGCGCCAACUCACCCUCUUCAAUUAUACCCUCAUCUCUGUUCUUAGCGGGUUUAGCUACUAGCGACCCGAUCCAUCGCGAUUGGGUCCUGAAUGUUCUUAAAAAAGGUGAGGUAUGGGGCUCCUAUGUUACCAAAACCCGCCAUUUGCUUGAAGCGAUGUGCCGGACGAAGUCUCAGGGAAAUACGCUGGAUAUUUGUUGUGCAAUGGAUCAAUUCACUGGUAGAUUCAUCAUAUAGUCGGGCAUCGGGGUCAACGUAAUGACAGAUGAUAGUAGCUAUUUGAUGCCCUGCUUAGUCUGGAGCGACUACGUCCCCUAUCAGACAAAUAAAA